UAAAACCGAUGACUAUAUAAAUUCUUCGAAGAUAACUAGAUUGAAAAACUUAGUAUGAUUGGAGCGCUUGUGUCAAACGUGCACAUAUAUACGUUCACUGUAAAAAGAUACGUAUUGUGUCUCUGACGAUAAAUAACAAAAUGGCAUCUUACUCAGAGGAUCAGUUAGCAGAAUUUCAAGAGGCGUUUCAACUAUUUGACAGCCGAGGAGAUGGAAAAAUUCAUGUAGCUCAAAUUGGUGAUGCAUUACGUGCUUUAGGGCAAAAUCCAACUGAAUCAGAUGUCAAGAAAUUUACUCAUCAACAUAAACCUGAUGAACGUAUUAGUUUUGAAGUAUUUCUACCAAUUUAUCAAGCUAUAAGUAAAUCUAGAACUUCUGAUACUGCUGAUGAUUUUAUAGAAGGAUUGCGCCACUUUGAUAAAGAUGGAAAUGGUUUUAUUUCUUCUGCAGAAUUGAGACAUCUUUUAACCACACUAGGUGAAAAACUUAGUGAUGAAGAAGUUGAAACUUUAUUAGCUGGUCAUGAAGAUUCACAGGGUAAUAUUAAUUAUGAAGACUUUGUUCGUCAAGUAAUGUGCGGUUAAAUUUAUUUUAAUAGAUACAGUAAUUAUUAAUCAAAAAAAUUUUUAUCUAUUAUAAAAUCUUUUAUAAACAUUUUUUAUCUUUUUGAUUUACUUAUAUUGUAUUUUUUUAUUAUUCAAAAUUAUGUAAAAUUAUAUACAUAAUAGUUACCCCAAUAUUAUUUUAUAUUAGAAAUGUAGAACAUAAAUCUUCUUUUUUUUUGUUUAUUUGAUAUAAUGAAUAUACAUAUACAUUGUGCCUUGA